AUGCAGCUACCCUCAUCUCAACGGCAAAGUACCUCAAAGACCAGCUCCACGCGGGAUAGUGACAAUCAAACGGUGAUGGACGAACAUGGAUUAUUACAAUCAUUUGUGCAUAGACGGCGGCGUAUGGAGGCGGCAGUGCGUCUGGCUCGUAAUAUGUUGGGAGAAGUAACAUCCAUCACCGAGACGGAUGAGAGCGCGCCGUACAUUCUCUUAGUGGAGGAUGUCGCCGGCCCGGAUGGGAUGCCGCAGAAUACAGCGAAUGUAAAUGAUACGUCGCUUUUAAGUGCCACCCGACAUGGAAUAAACGGAACGGGGAAGUCCUCCAAUCCACCGGAGGCCAUGUUGGAUCAGGAGAUAAAUGAUAAACUCAAGCGAUUACGUGAGAUGCGGGCUGAACAGCGAACAGCAGCAGAGAUGCAGGUAAAACCGGCAUUUGAGUUGGCAGAGCGUGUGUCAGAUGUACCUGCCCCGCCUACACUGUUUACAUCCACCUCACUUGCCUUUUCGUUGGAGACUCUUGGUAAAAGUGUGGCUAAAAUAAUAUCGGCAACCGAUGGCAUUUUGGUUCAGUUGUCCAUAUUAGAUAAAACAAAGAGUCCUUCUAUAUUUAAUGAGAUGCAUACCCUUUCUUUGCAUUCACAACAUGCAUUUAAAUGUUAUUCUGCAGCAUUGCAGCAUUUAAAGCAGUAUGAAGUUUGUCAAAAGGCACUACAAGAUGGUACUGCAGAGGAAUUAAGCACCAUGCGUGAACAAUUUCUUAUGCGAAAAGAGAUGCUCACAGCACAGGAACAAAAACAAAAAGUUGUUGAUGAACAUUUGCAAGCGAUGAAACUACGUUUGAAUGCCAUUGAUGCGAGAUGUCGAAUGUGGUCCUCUGUACUUCUUGACAUUGCACCACCUACUUCAGCUUAUUUACCAGGAAUGUCUAUUUGCAGAAUGUCCGUUACACAUGAGCGUGAUCUUUUCCUACCACGCAGUCCCACACUCUCACGCCCUGUGAGUAACGCCCAACGAUAUAGUGUUGCUGGUAGUUUAUCGCAGGCAUGCUCCAACACACGUAUGCACACGCCUGUAUCCACGCAGAGUAUUGACAGCCGCGCCUCCUCCAUUGGCACCUCCGAUGAGUUCGAAACCCGCGUGGAUGCGAUGGAGGUGAAGGUGGCGCAGUCCUGGACAAACCCGUAUGUUGUGAAGGCCCAACGCUGCACAGAGCGACGGCGAUGCAUGCGGCGAUUCAUUGGAAGUAAAACACCGCCGCUUGUCGAUGUCGCCGCGGCCUCUAUUGCCGGUGGCAUCGUCACAAGCGGCAUGGCGAUUGGACACUCGCCGGUCUCAUCACGGCGGGAAUCCACGCGGUUCAUGCGCAUGGAAACACCGCGGCCAGUCAACACACACGAUGGCGCCGGCCGCGCAGUGGCAGAGACACGCCUGUCCGCACUUCUGCGCACACUUCUCACCGCCGCCCCCCGCAUGGCCGCAGGGACGACAGACACGCACAAUCCCAGUCAUCGCAGCAGCGAGACACAAGGGAAAAGUGGAAGUGUGGAAAGUGCAAAGACGCCCGGUUCUCUCACAAUGUCGGCAGAGGAGCAGGUCUUAUCACAGGUUGGUAGUGAUAUGGUGGCGGAGGUUUCUUUUAUGGACGAAGUUCUUGAGGCGCCCACGACGGAGGAGCAGCAGGAGUUGAAUGCCGUCAUGGAGAGCAGCAGGAACCUCCUCAGGUUUCUCGAUUCAGGAGGUUUGACGUUGUCGUGA